GUGGGCGCGAGGCUGCAGCCGGCGAGGAGAUGGACAGCGAUUCCGAGUUAAGCUCGGGACUUCCAGAAGACAGCUACUCUUCAGGAGGUGAAGCCCUGGAUGGUGAUGAUGAAGAUGAAACGGCAGCCCUUGGCAAUGAGGAUGAAGAGGCGUCAAGUGCCAAAGCUGGUGCAAGUGCAGGCUGGGCAGAUGCCAUGGCAAAAGUGCUCAACAAAAAGAUUCCACAAAAUAAAGCCACUAUCUUGUCCAAGAAUAAAAAACUAGAGAAGGAGAGAGAAAAGGAAAAACAAGAAAGGCUGGAGAAGAGGAUGAAGCUCGAUAAAAAGCGGGAGUGGGAAAUGAUGUGCCGAGUGAAGCCAGAUGUUGUCAAAGACCGAGAGAGAGAAAGAAAUCUUCAGAGAAUUGCCACGAGAGGUGUUGUACAAUUAUUUAAUGCUGUCAGGACUCACCAAAAGAACAUUGAUGAGAAGGUGAAGAAAGCUGGGAGCUCUGACAGGCAGCGUGCUAAACUGCUGUCAUCUGUUUCAAAGAAGGAUUUCAUCAAUGUUCUAAGAAACAUGGAAGGUGCUAAAGGAAGCAAGAAUCCUGCUGGAAUGUCCACAAAAAGAAAACAGGGCGAGGUGAAGACUGAAGAGGGGCCAGAAUGGAAGAUACUGCGGGAUGACUUCAUGAUGGGAGCAUCUAUGAAAGACUGGGACAAGGAAAGCGAUGGAGAGGGCAAUACUGAACCAGGAGGUGGUGUGAAACAAGAAGAGGACAGUGACUGAAUGAAACUGAAAACCAUUCAAGAUAAUAUUUUAUCUUCUUAACUUUCUUUGGAUAAAAAGUCAGCAUUCUGUGAAUGUACAACACUCGGAGGAUAUCUCUUUUUUUAAAAAACAAAAAAAGACUUGCACAACUUUGGAGUGUUUUCUCCUCCACGUCAAACCUUUAUUUAAUAUAACUUCGUUUGCUAUACUGAAAUCCUGAAAUAUUUUCCAAAACAUGUAUAAUUUUCAACAUAUUUCCAAAACAUUUUGUACAGUCAAAAUAGUGGCACCUGCCCAAUGAAAGAAAGAUUUUGCCAAGGUCAUUAAAAGUUUAUACAUUAGUCAUGGCAAUUGAUAUAUUAGUGUGCCUGCAUUUCCAAAUCAGUGUUGCACUUUGAAAAGUUGUUAGCAAUUCGCAAUAGAAAUGGCUUCAAUAAACACAGAAAUGCCGUCACCUUGUAAAGUUAUCGGCCUCCUAUAGAGUCUUUACUACUUUGGCCAGAAAAGGUUUUGUAGAUAAUAAAGAA